UGCCUCAUUCUUUCAGUCAUCAACCAGCCGAAGACAUGGAUAUCUCACUUCUUCUCCUGCUCUCCUUCAUCUCGGUAUUUCACCUCAGCCGAGCUGAUCAACCUCUGGAGGAAGCUGUUAUUGUACCAGAAAAAAUCAGACUUCUUGGUGGAUGGUCUGAAGCAAACCCGAAGAGAGAAGACGUUCAAGAAGCUGCAAAGACAGCUGUGGAAAAUUUCAACAAAAAGUCCAAAGCAAAGAAAUAUUUUAAACUUAUCAACAUUAAAUCUGCUCACACUCAGGUUACAAAUAUGAUAAACUACAAAAUCGAGGCCACUAUUGGAAAGACAAAAUGUCUCAAAUCAGAGAAUGCAGAUAUUGAGUCUUGUAUCAUGUCAAAAAAGCAACUGGCAUGUAAGUUUGCAGUAACUCUUAAUCCGAGGAACGACGAACAUGAGGUGGAGAAGAUGUCCUGCAAAAAAAUCGACUGAAUUUCAUAUGGACACACAGUUUCUCACAAUACGUGCUGGAUUGAUGUUAGGAUUUUGGGGUUUGGAUAAUAAGCCAUUAUUUUGUUUACAUAUUAAAUGUUAAAAACUUUUGUGAAAUAUACCAAUAUGGAUAGAGAUUAUCUUCCUUUUGAAAAAAUGUGUAUGUUUUGACAUUAAUGAUUGAGUAAAUAAAUAAAUUAUACAAAUCUC